AUACAAAAACAAAUAAUUCUUCCAAUGACUGAACCACAGUGGACUGUAGGCCAGUGAUAGGCAUAUAUAUGGAAAGUGGAUUUGCACCCAAAUAGCUUCAAAUUUAUUGUAUAUUUAAACUAUGUCAGGUUUGUCUGAUGAAGAAAAAUGUACUCACGAGAGACACCAGCAGAGGGUGGUGUGUGUUAAUAGGGAUGUUUGGCUGAUUCAUUUUAAUGUGAUACCUCCUACAAAAAUUCAAAGCAUAUGACUAAAAGAGGAAACAGAUGAACACAAGCCAAGAGAGGCAUUUAUAAUAAAGUUAUUGUGCUGGCUGCUGAGGAAGACUUUAAACCUACUUAAGCUCAGUGUCGCAGUGUAGACCUGUGCUAUGUCGAAUCACUCCAUGGAGGGGAUUUAUCUCAGCUCUCACUUGGAGAACGUCCUGCUUGGAACCUUCUACAUUGUCAUCUUCAUCCUCUCAGUGCCAAGCAAUGCCCUGGCACUUUGGGUGUUCUGGCACCGCAACACCAACAACACGCCUUCCAAAGAGUUUCUGAAGCACCUGGCUAUAGCGGACAUGUCUUACGUCUUGGUGCUUCCCAUGCGAAUGAUCUAUCACAUGUCAGACAGUCACUGGCCUCUUGGGGUAGGGGCCUGUCGCGUGGUUGGUUUCCUGUUCUUUGUCAACCUCUACUGCAGCAUGUACUUUAUGACCUGUAUCAGUGUAGACCGUCUGUUGGCUUGUGUUAUACCACACAAAACUCACAAUCUGAGAAAGACCAGGAAUGCCAAAGUGGCCUGUGCCGUCCUGUGGGUCCUGGUGACUAUUUCCAUGUUGCCUGUGCUGUUCUCCAAAAAAGAAGUGACUAGACAAAUCCAGAAUGUGACUGUGUGUGAUCAGCUGUACAUAGAGAAUUCCACGAAUCGCACCGGUGCACUGGUGUCUACUGCUAUUGCAUUUGUGAUUCCUCUGGUCACCAUGAGCAUUUGUUACAUUCUCAUAUUUGCCAAAGUAAGACAGAUGACUUUUCAAGAAAAGACACCUACUCAGCGUAAGGCAAUGAGAAUGAUCGUACUAACCGUGGUUAACUUCUUGAUUGCAUUUGUGCCCUAUCAUAUCCAGCGAUUUGUAUUUAUCCUACAGCAUGAUAUGUCAAGAUCAGAAUCCGAAAGACACAUGUUGCAAUUAGGAAAUCGCAUCACCUCAGCUUUAACAUGCAUAAGUGGUGUGUUGGAUCCAGUCAUGUAUUUCUUUCUGGCUAGAAAUUACCAAGAGGCCCUGCUGCAGCUUUGUGGAAGAAACCCCAAAGAUGAGCAAUCCACCACAUGAUUGGAUGAAAAACGCAACAACGUCUUCUCAGCUGUUAACUAUCAGACAUCCUGAAAACAAGGUUUAAAGUGAAAGCAGAAGUGGAAAAGGUAUGGCUAAAUUUAUACUGAUACAUUCAGAAACUUAUGAAUCAUGACGUGCAGUUUGAUUCCUUCCACAACAUGUCUGAUCGCCUAUUUCCAGAUUACAAGAAGACAACAUCUUAUAUGACAGACUUGAAUGACAAUGUCAGCAUUUUUUCUGUCAGCAUUUACCAAUUAAUUUAUAUAUUUUUUUGUAUA